UCUUCUGUGAAUACUAAGCUUGGCCACACAAAAUGGAUGGGGGCAGAGGUGGCGGCGACCCUACUCGGCCGCGCGUCGGCCUCUUCCCCUGCCCCUUCCAAGGCCACCUCAACCCCAUGUUCCAGCUCGCUCACCUCCUCCACCGCCGAGGCUUCCCGGUCACUGUUUUCCUCCCCCCAAGCACCCCGGAUUCCGUCGCGGGCCACAUCCCUCACUUUGACUUCGUCCCCCUCCCCGGCCGAUUGCUCCCGCGCUUGGACAACCAGUCCGACGUGGCGGAAGCCAUCGCCGAGCUCAACGCGCAGUGUGAGGCGCCGUUCCGGGAGGCGCUGUGCCGAAUUGCAUCUGCGGAGGGCGUCGCGUGCGUUAUCGUGGACGCGCUGCUGUUCCGGGUGCAAGCGGCGGCGAAGGACGCCGGCGUUCCGGCGCUGGCGAUGCGCACGUCGAGCGCCGCCUGCUUCAAUGCGUUCAUUUUGUAUCCCCUACUUUUGAGCAGGGGGUAUCUCUCGAUACAGCAAGAAUCACACCUAGAAGAUCCAAUCCCCGAGCUCCCGCCCCUCCGAGUCAAAGAUCUCGUCCGCGUCGACCGAAGCUCUUCGGAGUCGCUCUCCAGGAUGCUGGAGCAAGUUGUCGGCGCGGCACGGACUUCGUCGGGGAUCAUCUUCAACACCUUCGACGCCGUGGAGGCAGCGGAUCUGGAGCUGCUUCGCCAGAGGCUCGACGGCGUUCCUGUGUUUGCCGUGGGGCCGCUCUGUGCAGUGACCGGAGGAGCCCAAUGCAGCUUGCUGGCGCAAGACCGCCGGUGCAUGGAGUGGCUCGACAAGCAGGCGGACCGGUCCGUUAUCUACGUCAGCUUCGGGAGCUUGGCAGUGUUGGAAGAGGAAGAGUUCGGCGAGAUCGCUCGGGGCUUAGCUCGGAGCGGGCAGGCCUUCCUCUGGGUCGUACGGCCCGGGCAGGUUCGGGCAGGGGUUAGGCUGCCCAACGAAUUGAUAGAGGUAGAAGAAAGAGGGAUGAUUGUGGACUGGGCCCCGCAGCAGGAGGUACUGGGCCACCCAGCUGUGGGUGGCUUCUGGACCCACAACGGGUGGAACUCGACGGUGGAGAGCCUCGUCGCCGGCGUGCCCAUGCUCUGUUCGCCUCGGGACUAUGAUCAAAUGGGCAACGCCCGGUACGUGGCCCACGUUUGGAAGGUGGGCCUCCAAAUGGAGUUCGAUAAUGGGCCGAACAUGGAGGAUAUCUCGCAGGCCGUGAGAAUGUUGAUGGUCGAUGAGGCAGGGCACGACGCAAGGGCACGUGCCCAGGUCACGAAGGAAGAGGUGACUGAUUGUGUUCGACCAGGUGGGUCGUCGAGUCGAGCUAUUGAGAGUUUGGUGGAUCACAUUUGCUCAUUGUGAGUUAAAUUAAUUUUAAUCAUGUAUAAUUAUUGUUAAAAAUAUGUAAUGAUUUUGAGUCGAAUGGAUUUUAAAUAAUUUUAAA